AUGGCUGCUGUUGCUGUUGCCCCUGCUGCUGUUGUUGUCGUCAACGUGGACACUACCUUAGACAUCACCUUCGCCCGCAUCAUCAUCUUGGCCCACUUCAUCACGGAAUCGUACCUCCUGUACCGAGAGGAAACCCGACUACACAGUCACGACAAACCGCUGCCCAGCAGAACGAUCGUCGGGAACAGAAAAACACUGAACCCGCCAAGAAGGAAAAACGGACCAUUAAGACACAACAGUAGAAUUGUUUUAAGAUCAAAUAAGACUGUGCUGGUGGAAAGAGAUACCUUCAUAUUCUCAGUUACGGUGUUCUCUGAAUUUGCCGCCAUGAAUUGUGGGAUAGUAGUCUUUGCUUUGAUCUUUGCAGUGUUUGUGUUUGCGUCGACAAACGCCUGCUGUUGCUGCAAUCCAUGCUGUUGCUGUCGUUGUCAUGAAAACUAUCUGAGGAAUCAGUAUCAUGGCCAUCAGCCUUGUGACAUGUCACACCACGGUGAACAUAAUUACAGUGGAUCGCAUCACGGUGAACACAACCAUCAUGGCGAACACCAGCAUGACGAACAUCGACAUGGCGAACAUCACCAUGGCGAACACAAUCAAGGAACAGCCCGCCAGGUGCAAACCGAAGCUGUAAGACAUGUUGUAGCGGUUCCCAGAGGUCACGUAUCGUCCGAACCACACCAGACACUAUCUCCACAGUCGUACCGCCGCCACCAGCAGGACUACGAAUACGUCAGACGAGGAAGACCAACUGCAGCGGCACCACAGACAUACCGCCGUGAACCGCAGGAUUACGCAGCAGUGAACCAUGAAAACCACGGGAAAACAGCACAGCACGCACCACAACCUUAUCGCCACCAUUACCAGGGUCACAGAAUUGUCAAGAAAGAUUUAGUUUAAUUUGACAUAUUCAGAAAUAAAAUUAGUAUAUACAUGCUAUGGUAA